CGGCGGCUCGGCGGGGUCAUCCGAGCGCAGGCGCAGUGCGGUGUUUGUCUGCGGGACUGACGGGCGGCCGGGCGGUGCGCGGCGGCGGCGGGGAAGAUGGCGGCGUCCUCCCUGGAGCAGAAGCUGUCCCGCCUGGAAGCGAAGCUGAAGCAGGAGAACCGCGAGGCCCGGCGGAGGAUCGACCUCAACCUGGAUAUCAGCCCCCAGCGGCCCAGGCCCACCCUGCAGCUCCCACUGGCCAAUGAUGGGGGCAGCCGCUCACCGUCCUCCGAGAGCUCCCCGCAGCACCCCACGCCCCCCGCACGGCCCCGCCACAUGCUGGGGCUCCCGUCAACCUUGUUCACACCCCGCAGCAUGGAGAGCAUCGAGAUUGACCAGAAGCUGCAGGAGAUCAUGAAGCAGACGGGCUACCUGACCAUUGGGGGCCAGCGCUACCAGGCGGAAAUCAACGACCUGGAGAACCUGGGGGAGAUGGGCAGCGGCACCUGUGGCCAGGUGUGGAAGAUGCGUUUCCGGAAGACGGGGCACGUCAUCGCUGUCAAGCAAAUGCGGCGCUCGGGGAACAAGGAAGAGAACAAGCGGAUCCUCAUGGACCUGGACGUGGUGCUCAAGAGCCACGAUUGCCCCUACAUCGUGCAGUGCUUCGGGACCUUCAUCACCAACACGGACGUCUUCAUUGCCAUGGAGCUCAUGGGCACGUGCGCCGAGAAGCUCAAGAAGCGGAUGCAGGGCCCUAUUCCUGAGCGGAUCCUGGGCAAGAUGACGGUGGCGAUCGUGAAGGCACUCUACUACCUGAAGGAGAAGCACGGCGUGAUCCACCGGGACGUCAAGCCCUCCAACAUCCUGCUGGAUGAGCGGGGCCAGAUCAAGCUCUGCGACUUCGGCAUCAGUGGCCGCCUCGUUGACUCCAAAGCCAAAACGCGGAGCGCAGGUUGCGCUGCCUACAUGGCACCUGAGCGCAUCGACCCCCCAGACCCCACCAAGCCCGACUACGACAUCCGGGCCGAUGUGUGGAGCCUGGGCAUCUCCUUGCCCUGCCCCUCUCUCUCCCAGGUGGAGCUGGCGACGGGACAGUUUCCCUACAAGAACUGCAAGACGGACUUUGAGGUCCUCACCAAAGUCCUACAGGAAGAACCCCCGCUCCUGCCCGGUCACAUGGGCUUCUCGGGGGACUUUCAGUCCUUCGUCAAAGACUGCCUUACUAAAGAUCACAGGAAGAGACCAAAGUAUAAUAAGCUACUUGAACACAGCUUCAUCAAGCGCUACGAGACGCUGGAGGUGGACGUGGCGUCCUGGUUCAAGGACGUCAUGGCGAAGACCGAGUCGCCGCGGGCGAGCGGGGUCCUGAGCCAGCACCACCUGCCCUUCUUCAGGUAGCCGCACAGCCCACUGGGGGCCGGGGGCGCGGCCACCGGCCUCCCCUUCCCCACCCGGCCACCCAGCUGCCCGCCAGGGGAGCCCUGGGACCUGGACGGCCGCCGAGGGCUGAGGACAGAGAGUAGGGGGCGCCGACCCACCCCUGACUCCCUGCCCACCAGCCAUGGACAGAUGGGCCUGCCAGGCCCCAGCCCUUCCCGUCCCAGGAUCAGCCGGCUGUGCGCAUCCCCCCCGACAGACACUGUGAACGGAAGACAGCAGGCCGCGAGCAGACUCGCUAUUUAUUCAGUUGUAACCUCUGGGCUGGGGCGGCCCCCAGGGGCCGGGAGAGAGCCGCCCGUCCUGUCCCUUCCCCUCCACACCGCGCUGUCCCACUGCCGCCUCGCACGCACAUGCACCCUGGCUCCAUCUCCCUCUCUCUGUUCCCUCCCUCUCUACCUCUCUGGCUUUCCCUGUCUCCCUCCCUGCCUCUGCCUCUCUCCUGGCCCGGGCCCUGCCACCCCCGGCGACAGCCCUGGGUCCGUUUAGGUCUCCGGCAAGCCAUGAGUCAGUUGGCUGGUGUCCUCGCCCUGGGCAGGCGGGCUGGACGUUGUGACUGCAGCCAGACCCGGGCUGGUCUCUCUCUCUCUCUCUCUUUGAUCUCAGGGGGUCCUUUUUGGAGUUUAUCGUAUUUUAUUGUACUUGGUGGGGUGUUUGGGGGGUGGGGGGAGAAGAGCUCGUUCUCGUGGGGUUUGUCGGUUUCUUCAGAAACUUUUACCAAAGUCAUGUUUAGCUGCUUGUGGUGGCAGCCCCCCUGAUGGCCCACGGGCGCUGGGGCGCUGGGGCGCUGGGG